AUGUCGAAACGGCCAAAUCCUCCUGCACCUGGUCCUGGCCGUGAACCUCCUACUAAACAGUCUCGUAAGAUGGCAGGAUUUCAACUGGUCCGUCCUCAGCCUUCCGUCUCCCAACCUCCCUCUGCUUCCAGUUCUUCGUUGUUCGUCACGGUCAGCACUGACUCUCGUCGACGUGGCGUGACACUUGAGAGCCGCCUCUUACCUUCUUCUACCCUUGAGCAGUCUGAACCAGCUUCGGAUUCCAACACACCAUCUACAGCAGCUGCUGGUGGUGACUGCGAAGCACAGACCGCGUCGCCAGAGGAGGUUGGAGGUAUCCCAUCAGCCGAGACUACUGCUAAAGCUAAAAGGAAAAGGUAUACAACAAACGCUGAUCGACUGACCGAAUGGCUCAAAUUCAGGGAAACAUUCUUGGACGAAGCAUUGCGGCAUGACGGACUGGGUGAUUUCCUCGGGCAUACGAGCUGCUCAAAUUGCGGAAAGAAGGAUGGAACCAUCAAAUGCAAGGAUUGUGGAGACGGAGGUAUGUUAAAGUGCUUGGAUUGCACCGUCGAUGCGCACCGCAAACAUCCAUUGCACCGUGUUGAGAGAUGGAACAGUGCUUUUUUCGAGAAGGUGUCCCUUCAAAGCCUUGGUCUUUACUACCAACUUGGUCAUUCGGGGGCGCCAUGCCCUUGUCCUCAGCCUGGUCCCAAGAACUUUCUCAUUUUCGACGUCUCCGGCCCUCAUUAUGUCACUAUCAACUACUGCCACUGCCAAGAUGAACCCUCGUCAAAUUGGGUACAAUUGUUGCGUGAAAGUUGGUUUCCUGCAACGCUUCAACGUCCUCAAACCGUCUUCACUUUCCGGAUGUGGCGAAACUUGAUGGCUCUCAAGCGAGCCGGUCGCGGUCAUGACCCGGAUGGCGUGAGUGGAACCUCACAAGGUGGGCUCAUGGUCGAAUGUCCUGCAUGUCCGCACCCUGAACGAAACCUCCCUGAUGGAUGGGAAAGGGCUGGACCGUUGUUGUUUCUUUACGCACUUUUUAUCGCCGUGGAUGGCAACUUCAAACUCAAGGGCAAGGAACGAAACCUCAAGGAUGUGGAGUUGAUGCCUGGAUGGGGAGCCUACGUCCCGGAGGAUGAGUACCAGAAACACCUUGCGAAUUACGUCGAUGAACCUGAGAUCAAUACAUGUGAAUCUCAGCACGACGCACUUGUUCAACGAAACCUCAAGGAUGUGGAGUUGAUGCCUGGAUGGGGAGCCUACGUCCCGGAGGAUGAGUACCAGAAACACCUUGCGAAUUACGUCGAUGAACCUGAGAUCAAUACAUGUGAAUCUCAGCACGACGCACUUGUUCGUGCCAGCACUCGAUCAACAGCCGGUUAUGCCGUCUCCGGUGCCGUUUUAGUCAUUUGCUCGAGACACUGUCUAAUACGCAAAAACGGAGCGGGGGACCUGAAGAAGGGCGAAAGAUACUGUACUGUUGAUUUCAUCUUGUUUUCCGUGUUGAUGGGUAUAACACUUCUCCGCGUUGUCAUCACCUACGACAUCAUCUGCCAGUGGUCAAAGAACUUCCGAAAACAGAUGAAAAACUACCCUGAAAACAUGCGAAUCCCCGAGACGACGCAGGUUGAGGUGGCCAUCCCUGGUUGGCACAUUAACGGACACGGCGAGGGCUGUCGGACGAAUUUUAACCUCAGCUACAUGGAGGGAGCUGGUAGGACGGUCGGUGAAGAUAUUGAAACAACGUGGGCGGGUACAAAUCAAUUAGCGCCUAGUGUUCGAGAGAUGGGUCCGGCGGCGAGGCAUGACACCCUGAACGAUCAGUGGAACGGCUGGAACUUUCGAAAAAUUGUUGGUUUUCUUCAUCCCCAUACUCACAGUCUUUCGCCAUCAGGAACUUUGUUCUUAAAGCGCUUCAAAGACGCGUUCACAUUCAGCGCUCAACAAGCGGAUGUUUUUGAUCAGUUUUCCACCACGUUUAGUCCCUCAGCUGUCAAGAAGUGGGAAGAAAUGGUCGUCGCGUGGAACGCGAAUCCGAAGGCUCGAAACCCUUAUCAGGACCGACCAAGCGGAACUACGUUACAAGAUAUCUGGCUUGUGUUGGCGAGGGAAGAAGCUGCUCAAGCGGCCCUUGGCCAGCUUCCUCGACACAAAGUUAGUUUGUCAAGCUUCUUACUGAUUGGCUUCGACUUGGAGGAUAGCCAAUAUCUUCUCCGCUGCGAAGCCAGCAAAGCGAAAGGAUUACGGACGAGUAAGCAGCUCACGGAUCUUCAAAACAAGCGAAAUGCGUUAUAUCGUCUCAUCCAAAACUGGCGCGAGGUCCAACUUAUCUAUAUUCCUCACGUCGGCUCCCUUCUUUUGCAAGCCCAACCUCCUGAGGCUACAACUACAAGCUCGUCGACACCAUUGCCAUCAGAAACCCUGGCUGAGAACCUGCCCCUCUUCCUUCCAUCAUCAUUGCCGCCACCCGAUGAUGCUCUCGCCGAGGUCCGACGUCAGCGCCAUGUUAUCCAAGGGCUCUGGCUCUUCAAGCGGCUAAAUGCAUCGGGGAUUGGAAAUCAGCCAAACACGCGCAUGAUCGGCCUAUACAAACGUUUCAACAACAAAACAGAUCGAGCGGCUGAAAAGUACCGUUGUGCUCGGCGUGCUCUGUCUAGUCUCGAUCCUGGCGGUUCGUGGUUAUUGCAACUGCAUGAACUCAAGCCUAAGGAUGUUAGCGGCCCUGGUAGGGAUCCCGAAGUAACAAACACCACAAAUAGUCGUUACCAGCCAUCGUGGAUCUGGCUGGCACAACGCGCAAGCCCCCACAACCGCUCAGAGUUGGAAAUCGGUGAAGACGAGUUUAAUGACAGCAUGCGUGUGGAGUGGGCGAAGGCAAGGGCUCGAAUGAAGAGGUGGAAUGAAGAGCUGAUGCUUGUUCAAGAGGAGAUGCGACAUGUCAUUGUUUAUCACAAGUGGAGGGCUGAUUGGUGGCGUGAGCGCAGCGUAAGACGAAACCAUGAUGAUCUAAAGGUCUUGAGUGGGAUUUCGGGUUACGCAUAUAAACAGGCUGACAUCUGUGAACGUUUGGCAGCGCGGUGCACAGUCCAUUGGCUGCCACACCUCAAAGUGAGAGGUAUUAUACCAUCAUGGGCAUCCGAUUAUGAGCAUAUGCUCUUGGAUGUCCCUGUGCCACGGCAAAAUGCUGAUGCAGAUGUUAAUGUCCCAUCUAAUCAUCCUGAUGAUGAGGAUAUUGGAGAUGACAAUGAACUUGAUAGUGAAGACAGAGAUGAGGACGUUGAGGCAGAUGAGGCUGACUCUUUUAAUCUAGAUGAUAUAGACUAUUAA